GUUUUAAUGACGUGAGCAGACAGACAACCAUCCAGUCAUGCAGCUGUGGUGGUGUGCAAACAUCUUCUGCAGGUUGACUGCAGCCUGGUUUCCACUGCUCCUCUCAUCGCUCCUGUGGCACAUGGUAAAUCUGACUCACAGAAGCUCUUGAAAUAUAUAGAUGUGAAUGGUUUUUGUCUAAAUCAUUGCAGCUUAAGUUCAAUGAUAAAACUGACGAGUAACUCCUGUGACAAUACUGGGAACCACUGUGCAAUGCUGUUAAUGUCAGAUAAUACAGACACCAUUCUGUGAGAUAAGAAGCAUCACAUCUUCUUUAUUCACUCUUCAGUUAACAGUUGUCCGGUCAUCUCAUCCUGUCUUACCAUUCUUCUAUCUCCACUUCUGUCUGUAGAUCUCGUCCGUACAUGCCAACCCAUCCUGUCCACAGAGCUGCAGCUGUCCAGGAGUUAGAGAGGUCCAUUGUACUUUUAGACACCUCACCACGAUACCGAAAGCUUUCCCAGAAGACACAGAGAGGCUUAACUUGGGGUAAGUCGAAGACUAUACCUAAAGAUUUUGUAAUGAACAACAAGACUGGACUGGUUUUGUCUUUAAUCAAUCUUUAUUCGUGCUGCACCAAUUCAUAACAAGUGUUACCCCAAAACGCUGAACAGAAAACGUUGGUCUGGACCAGACUUUGUUUACAAAGACCAAAUGUUAUGAUGGGAUCAGACUGGGCCCCAUCCUGUGGGAUCAGAUUCACUCCAAUCCCAAGAAACAGUGGAGAGGAAGGACUUUGUAACAGGUAGAAACCUAAAACAGAAUCAGACUGAUGUUAGGCAGUCAUCUACUGAGACUGAACUGGGUUUGGAGAGGAGAGAAGGGGAGAUGGAGAAAGAGAGAGAUGGACAGAGGAGAGAUUAAUAGAGGGAGAUGGAGAAAGGGCAAACUAUUCAGUUAAGUUUGGAGCGUGCAUAGCUGAGAUUAAAAAACAGGUUAAUGAUUGGGUACAGUAAAAGGAAAUGGGUGACAAUUCUUGGAUCCCCCUGACUGCCUGAGUCUCUAAAUUCAGUCAUGUGUGUAAAUUACACUCCAUUUUUUAACUUAAAGAAUAAAGAGCUGUGAUUGGAGCAGGGGCACUUUUGUAAGCAAGUACCAUCACUAACUUUUCCCCUGGAAAACUGGAAUGAAUCAAACAGGUCCAGGCCCAUCAAUCAAGGUAUACUGGCCUGAGACAUUUAAGGAGAGCUUUUAAGGGGCCAGCAACAAUUUAAACACCUCGAUUCUUAUAGAAAGGUAAAAAACGUUGAAGAUGUAAUGUGAGAAGCAUCAGUAUUGGCUUUAUCGAUCUUUUAAGCAGGGGUACUGGUAUAAGCUUUGAUUUUCCCAUUUGGUACACAUCUAAUACAUGUGUUUGUAAAAUUCUUGAUAUCCUUCAAACAAAGUGUGUGUUUGUCUAAAAUCAUGUUUGUUUCUAUGAACAAACAAAUCCUCCCACUGAAAGAGGCUUUUAUGAUGGAGCUGGUAAACAAAUGUUUUAUCUCCAAGGGUCAAUAUUUUUAGUAGUGAGCUAACAUUUGCUCAUUGUAAGGUAACUCAACACUAAGAGUCCACACAAAAAUAAUCUAAUUAAUAAAAUUUCAGAUUCAAAGUUUUUUUUAUCAAUUCUAACUAGUACCUUACUUAAGAUAUCUGAAUGUAUGGGAUGACUUAUCUUAAAAAGAUAGAAGGUAAUUUCAGGAUGAACAACAUAUAAAAGUCUCAGAAUAAAUUGUUUCUACACAUCUGAGGGAAAUUAUUUAUGCACACCAAACUUGGAAAGCAGAGUAGCUAGACAGCCAAGUGUUAAAUCAGCUUUAGUGUGCAAAGUAAUAUUGUUCCAACCAACUAGUACAGAGCAAAGAAGUGAAGUUGCCAGGAUCCACAGUUUAGUUCGCAGAGAGUAAACCUACACCAAACUACGUUCACAGUUCUAAUGAAAGGCUGGAUGAUAUAUUGUGAACUGGCUGUUUUAUUGACGGCAGUGGAAAACUGCAGGAUCUCCCAUAUGUAUCCAAUUGUGUAGGGAUAACUGCGCUCUGGGAAUGUUGUGAAUUAACUGGAACUCACAACCAGACCGGAGACUCUGCCAGGCAUUUUUGGGCUUAUUCAUGCUGUUGGACGGCCUAACUAACACCCAAGCACUGAAACCUAUGAAAUGCUUUCUGUCCCUGCCAAAAGAUAGCAUGCUUUUCUGGGUUAACUUUGGAUCCAGAGUUUACUCUUUUAUAAUGUAUCUGGCAAUCAGUUGCAUUUGAUUGAGGAGAGCAUAAUAGGACGGCUUUUGAUCAGGUUCUUCCUACUGUUUACGGCUGAUUCUGGUUCUGUGGAUAAAGAUCUCUCACUCAAAGGUGUUACGGUUGGUGUUGUAACUGUUAGGCAAUACUUGUUUUCCACUUAAACACAUACAGUACAUUAUUGCUAAGACAAUAGCAAACAAGAUCUGGUACAGUAACUCAUCUUCCCUUUUUCAAUCAGUUCUUGAAAGGUAAUGGCGCCAAAAACACACAUGUCAACCAGUUUAGUUUCUUCACUCCCCUAUCCCUGUUAACAGCCUUUAGCAAUUCUCCCAUCUCAGUAACUAGUCCUGAUUGUUUCCUCUAUCACAGGUACAACAGCCUGACAGAAGUGGAAGGGUCUGAAUUCAGGUCACUGCGGCGACUGGAAAUGCUCAUGCUGCACGGAAAUGACAUUAGCACAGUUCACCCUGGAGCAUUUUACAGCCUGAGAUCCCUUCAGGUAGUGUUUGUGUGUGUGUGUGUGUGUGUGGGGGGGGGGGGGGGGUAGAGUGUAUUUGCAUGUGUACCCUAAUGGAAUCUGCAUCUCCAACAUUUCUUGAUUCUGGUUAUCAGGAAGAGUUAUCCCCUCUGACUUUCUGCUUUUUCCAGCACUGUUGUUUGACAUGAUUUUAUUCCAUUUAUUUUUACAUCUCCAAAGGUAGCAUCUGCAUAAAGUCUUUUUGUCACCUCAAACAUACACUGAACAAAAAUAUUAACUUUGGUUUUUGCUCCCAAGACUUUUUCUGUGUACACAAAAGACCUGUUUUUCUCAAAUAUUGUUGACAAAUUUGUCUAAAUCUCUGUGAGUGAACGCUUCUCCUUUGCUGAGAUAAUCCAUCCACCUCACAGGUGUGGCAUAUCAAGAUGCUGAUUAGACAGCAUGAUUACUGCACAGGUGUACCUCAGACUGGCCACAAUUAAAGGCCACUCUAAGCGGUGCAGUUUUACUGUAUUGGGGGUAAACUCCUCUUCAAUGGUGGUGUGAAGUUGCUGGAUAUUGGCAGGAACUGGAACACACUGUCGUAAACACCGAUCCAGAUCGUGUUUUGGUCUUGUUUUUGAGGCCGGUUGGAUGUAUUGCCAAAUUCUCUGAAACACCUUUGGAGACAGUUUAUGGUGAAGAAAUGAACAUUCAAUCCAUGGGCAACAGCUCUGGUGGAUGUUCCUGCAGUUAGCAUGUCAAUCGCACGCCCCCCUCAAAACUUGUGAUAUUUGUGGUGCUGUGCUGUGUGAUAAAACUGCACCUUUUAGAGUGGCCUUUUAUCGUGGCCAGUCUAAGGCACACCUGUGCAAUAAUCAUGCUGUCUAAUUAGCAUCUUGAUAUGCCACACCUGUGAGGUGGAUGGAUUAUCUCAGCAAGGGAGAAGUGUUCACUAACACAGAUUAAGGCCCUGUUUAUAUAGUAAGUAAGUAAGUAAGUAAACUUUAUUUAUACAGCGCCUUUCGCAGACCAAGGUCACAAAGCGCUUUACAGUAAAAACAAGAGCAAAAACAAUACACAGUUACUAAAAACAUACAAAGCUAAAAUUUAAAAGGCUAAAACAACACUAUAGCAACCAUAGCAGCCCCAAGACAGUUACGGAAAAGCCUGAACAAAUAAAAAGGUCUUUAGUUCCCUUUUGAAGGAGUCAACAGACUCCAUCAACCGCAGAAAAGGCGGAAGAUCGUUCCAGAGCUUGGGAGCAACAGCCUGGAAGGAUCGGUCUCCUCUGGUCCGGAAAUGUGUAUGAGGCACCGUCAGAAGAUUCUGACCCACAGACCUCAGAACCCAGGCUGGGGUGUAAGGCUGGAUCUGGGGCCUCAUGUAUCAACACUUGCGUGGAACUCAUACCAGAAACGAGCGCACGCAAGGUCCGUCACGCUGAAAAAAAUCCGUAUGUAUCAAUGUGUGCGGGCGCCGAAAUCCACGUGUGUUUCCUUGAUAAAUCCCAAUCAGCGUGGAAUUGAGCGCAGAUGUCGGAGUGACUGGGCCCGUCCCCGUUACGCCCUCCUAUAAAUAUGCAGAUUUAUUUAAAUAGGGUCUCCCUGUCCUCGCACGCAGACAAAAUGACAAGAAAAACUACAUUUACGGCGUGCGAGGUGGAGGUGCUGGUGGCGGAGGUGGAGGAGCGACAGCGUAUUUUGUUUGGCAGCCUGUCCAGUGGCGUCAGUGCAAAACAAAAACGCUUGGAGUGGGAGAAAGUUUGCGAGAGGGUGAAUGCGGUGGGUUCCGAGACACGCACCCCGCGGAGAUUAAAAAAAAGUGGUCGGACCUCAAGGUGGAGGUCAAGCGGCGUACAGCUGCCCUCCGGAGGAGUACCGGCCAGACAGGUGGGGGUCCGGGGGAGGAGACCCUCACACCGUUUGAGCAGCGGGUGGUGGCGAUUAUUAUUAUAGGGUAAGUGGCGUGUCACACAAAUGUCCACAUGCUUUGUCAUCCCACUGAGCAAAAGACGUAUAUUAGACGUCUAGUCUAAGUUUAUACUUCAUUUCAACGUCGGGAUUCAGUCUAUUUUUAGACGUGAUUUAUACUUCGCCCUUAACUUCAUUUUUCAAUAACGUUUUAUGCAAUAAACAACUGUAAUGUGCAUAACUGACCUCGAAAUACUGGAUUGCAUUACCUAUGAUACUGUGGAGAGAGAUGUAAACGCAACAGAUACACAGAAGCAGGAAUUGAAAUGAACUAAUAUUUUUAUUGUGUCACAGAAAUUAAUGUGUCGGCUGUGUCGCCGGCUUGCGGAACCCCGGCCCGCGGCAGCCCGUCCGCCGGCUCGGAGUCGUCGGCCAGGACCAGCGGCAUUCGGGCCACCCCGGCCCCAGCACCAGCAUCAGCACCAGCGCGCCGACAAGCGGUGGAGCGUCCACCAGCCGCGGCGCUUCCGCUGGACCACCCGGACGCAGUGGAAGGGUCCUCGCGGAGGGGGUCCUGCAAUCGCAGGAAGAAAUCAUCAGGGGGAUCGCGGGGAUCAACGAGCGGCUGGACCGGCUCGUAAAUGUCCUCGAGCGUCUGGUGGAGAAAAUAAAUUAAUUUGGCUCAUUGAACUGUGUAUUCACUUCUUACCCAUUCACACUGUGGCGAUGAGAUUCUCCCGCGCGAGGACGGCGGCCCGGCAGGGAUCAGCUCGCAUCCCUCCGUCUGCUGCUGGUUCGUCAUGUGGGGCGACGUGCUGCCCGGCCACGGGGAUGUGGUGCACGCUUGUCACAUAGUGAGUCACCAAACACCGCCACACAGCGUCGCCAAAGUGCGAAUCACAGUCAACGCAAAUAUCCAGCUCAACGCCAAUUUCUACACCACCUCCUGACUUUGCGUUGAUUAGCGCUGGAACCAACGCUCGUUUCGCGAUGAUAAAUCUGGACGUGUGCGCCGAUUUUGGCGUACGCAAGGUUUUCUUGCGCCGCAAGCGUUGAUACAUGAGGCCCCAGGUCAUUGAUGUAAGCUGGAGCCUGACCAUGCAAGGCUCUGAAAGUUAAAACCAGAAUUUUAAAAUUUAUCCUAAAAGAAACAGGCAGCCAAUGGAGGGUUUUAAGAAUCGGGGAUAUGUGUGACCUCCUAUUGGAGCGGGUCAGAAUUCUCGCUGCAGAGUUUUGUACUAACUGCAGGCGAGAUAGCUCCUUUUUGUUCAUACAGGAAAACAGACUAUUACAAUAGUCUAAUCGUGAAGACACAAAUGCAUGAAUAAUCAGUUCCAACUCAUUAUGUGACACCAUUUUUCUAAGUUUGGAGAUGUUCCUAAGUUGAAAAAAGCAAUUUUUGGUCAGCUGAUUACAGUGUUGCAUUAAUGACAUGUCUUUGUCGAAAACAACACCCAGGUUUCUUAGGCUCGGUUUAACAGACCGGCCCAAGUCGCCUAGGUACUGACUAAUCCCUGGAAUGGAGUCAUCAGGGGCAAUAAUCAGUGUUUCUGUUUUGUCCACAUUUAGCUGCAAGGUGUUAUCACUAAGCCAACCGGUUAUUUUAAAAAACUGAGACAUUAACCAUCGUUUGCACCCUUCGAUUUUGGAAAACUCUGUUUGCAUGUUUAAGAAAAAACAGAGAAAAACUGAGCUGAUGGCAGAUUGUGCGCAGGAAAGAAGGAAGUGAUGUUGUUGUUGCUGCUAUUGGCUAAUGUGGGCUUGAGCUUCUCACUACACUGUCACCCACGUGUUUGAUAUGCUCUUGAUGGCAUAUAUAAAUGGGCUAGUGUAAACAACAACUUUUCUGAAAACGCAGUGGUGUGCACGCAGUUUUCUUUUUAAACGGAGAGGAUAAAAUGUCUGUUUAUGAAAAUAGCCGGGCAUAUGUAAAUUUGACAAAUUUGUCAACAAUAUUUGAGAGGAGUAGGUCUUUUGUGUACAUAGAAAAAGUCUUAGAUCUUUGAGUUAAGCUCAUGAAAAAUGGGAGCAAAAACAAGUGUUGUGUUUAUAUUUGUGUUCAGUAUAAGUGAGGGAGGGAGUAUAUGAAAGGUCCUUGAAGUGAUUAAACAGACAGAGAAAGACUGGUUCAGGGGCAAACUGAUUCAUGAAUUUUUCACUUGAUCUGAACUUUUUUUCAUUUGCAUACACCUGACAAAAAAAGACAAUUUUGCGUAAACACGUAUUUGACUAAUUGGAAACAGAUGCUACCUUGGUAAUCUGUAUGAAAAGCCAAAGAUUCUCUUGUGUAUCUGAGAAAUAUGCUGCAUAUAUUCUCAUCUGCAGUUUGUGUCAAUCCCUUUCUCCCUCUUUUUUGUCUUUUAUAUACGCCAUCACCUGUUACUAAAUCAAAGCUGCAGCAAGUUGCAAACAUUAGCAUUGGUAGGAGUUCACUGCUGUAAUACAUGGUAUCAACAUUUGUGACUCUUUCUAGGUAAUACAUGACAAACAAGACAGAGAAAAUCACUGUUUUCUGAGUAAAACUGAUCAACACUGUCUGGCUAACAGCUGUUUCAGAUCAACUGUGUAUUGGUUGCUUGACAUCACGUUUCACUUAACAGGCCAUACAGGGCUGGUUUGAGGUUUUACUUUUGGAAAAGGAUCUUAUUAACUUGAACAAUAGUCCUUAAAUGACAUUGCAAACCACAGUGUGAAAGAGGACAACAAGGAAGGCAGCGAGGAUGACAAAAGGAAAUACUGAUUGGAUCCAUCACCUGGUGUUAUCUGUUUUAAAAAUGUUUUCCCUAAAGCCCACAUGAAUGAUGGUUAUGCUUUAUAAACCUCUUGUGGGGCUGCCAGGGUGUUGUCCACACUGCAGAGGGCGAGUCUGAUCAGAUAACAAUGUUAUUACAUCAAACACUGGAGUGUAAUUUACACACCAGAAUGACUGAAUUUAGAGACUCAGGCAGUGAGGGAGAUCCAAGAAGAAAUAUCACCCAUUGCCUAAUCCUGUACUCAGUCACUAGCCUGGCAUACCCAUGGCCUGACUACAGGCAAAACAUGUCAAGUUGGGCCAAAAUUAGUCCAUCAUAACUUUCAUUUGCAUUGGUAAUAUGCAUAUGAUCCCUACAAACACCUAAAGAAAUCAUAAAUGAAGAAAAAAAUAUAUAAAUAAAUAAUACUUGAUUUACAAAGAUCCUCAUUUAUGGUGCAGUGGUAAGGUGACCAGACGUCCCCAAUUUUCAGGGACAGUCCCCGAAUUGGAUGACCUGUCCCCGGCAAAAACUGUCCCUGAAAAUGUCCCCAAUUUAAGCGUUUCAUGAAUGAGAACAAAAAUGUUGCCUGAAGGCUAGAACAAUGGUUAUUAUAGUGGCCAAAUGGGUAGGAAGCACAAGUAAGCAGUCCUGAAAAACAGUUUGUACGGGGGUUAUUACAAGGGGCAUACGCUGCUACUAAACAGUACUGAGAUGUUGUCUGUGAUCCCCCCCCCGGCUGCUGCCGCUGCCACCACCGCCACACCGAUUUUUCCCAGAUAUCAUUACAGAAAUCUGGUCACCUUAUGCAGUGGUAUUUUUCCAAGUGGGCUGACAAAGUUGGGGCUGUUUCUUAAUUAGACUUCACAGGAAGUUAUAAUAACUUUAUGAAAAUAUGAACAUUCAAUCAAUCAAUCAAUCAAUCAAUGGAUUAACCAGUCAUGCUUUAUUCAUGCUGCCAGGACCACAGAAAAGGAGCUUCCAGAGAAGCUUCCUGAGCUGGGACUGCCUCAGUGGCAUUAGCGGUGUCUCUUUAUUUAAAACACCAUGUCUUCUUGUUAGAUGAUAUAGCUUUAAUAUUCAUUACAAGUGUUUCUUCAUUUUCUUUCCUCCAGAUCCUAAAGUUAAGUUACAACAAGAUAACAUCAGUGACCCCCAGUCUUUUUGAGGGUCUUGUUGGUUUGAUCCGUCUCCAUCUGGACCACAACCUCAUUGAGUUUGUAGAGCCGUUCUCCUUCGCUGGCCUGACUUCCUUAAAACUCCUGCAGCUGGAGGGAAACCUUCUUCAGGAUAUCCACCCCCAUACCUUCAUAACACUGUCACUGCUGGGAACAUUUUGGACCUCCGGACUCAAGUGAGACCAUUAUUCAUCCGUCUGCUUGUCUUUUAUUCUGACAAUUAUGCUGAGUAUCUAAUUUCUAAUAAACCAGUAGAAACUGUUCGAGGACAUGGUAUUAUUUAAAGUAAUGGUACUGAGACCGAGCUGAAUUUGCUGUCCUUAACAUGUGUGAAGACUGUGGUUGUGUUUCUGCACAGUAUAUUCAAGGAUGGACCAUGUUUCCCUGAUAUAAUCCUCUCUCCCCAGACAUUUGCAUCUAUCAGACAAUCUCAUGGAACAGCUCCCUGCUGCAGCUCUGAAGACAGCUCCAAGGCUAGAACUUCUCACACUUCAUGGGAAUCCCUGGACCUGUGACUGUCAACUCCAGUGGUUGGUAGAAUGGAGCUCCUCGCAUGACAGUAAGGAGAUUUUAAAAAAAAAGAGGAGGAGGAUGAUGACCAUAUGAGAUAAAUAUAGUUAGAGUUGUGUGGCACUUAAUUUGAAAUAGGUUUAAACGGAAGGAAACAAGUAGAAGCCAAAUCCACCAGACUGUGGUGUCAGCAUAGAGGGUUUUAUGUUUUAGGUCUGGGGUAUAUUUGAUCCAUAUUUUCAAUGUUGUACUACCUGUUCAUUAUUAUUCAGCACCUAAAUAAUAUUAAUAAUAUUUAUAGCCUGUACUUUAUGGCAUGAACCUCCACUGAACUCAGAGUCAUGAAUAAACUGCAUUUCAUUAUUGCCUUUUCUCUAAUACUUAGUAUCUCAGAUUUUAUUUCUCACUCUUGUCUAUCAUUCUCCUAACUUUUUUCCUUUUCCAUCAGCCUGUCUUCAAAUACUGGACUCAAAAUUGUGAACAUUUAGGUCACAUACAGUGGGGCAGAAAAGUAUUUGGCAGCCACCAUUCUGCAAGUUGUCCCACUUAAAAGAUGAUGUUCAUCAUAGGUACACUUCAACUGUGAGAGACACAAUAUAAAAAAAAAUCCAAGAUAUCACAAUGUAUGAUUUUUUAAAGAAUUUAUUUGUAUAAUGGAGCAGAAAAUAAGAAUUUGAUCAAUAACAAAAGGUCACCUUAAUACUUAUAUAUAAUAUAUAUAUAUAAUAUAACCCUGGUUGGCAAUGAUGGAGGUCAAAUGUUUCCUGUAGGUCUUCACCAGGUUUGCACACACUGUAGCUGGUAUUUUGGCUCAUUCUUCGUGUAGAUCUUCUCAAGAGAUGAUGGUUUGGGGCUGUCUCUGGGCAACCCAGACUUUCAACUCCCUCCACAAAUUCUCUAUUGGAUUGAGGUCUGGAGACUGGCUAGGCCACUCCAGAACCUUGAAACGCUUUUUACAUAACCACUCCUUUGUUGCCCAGGUGGUGUGUUUGGGAUCACUGUCAUGCUGGAGGAUCCAGCCACGUUUCAUUCUCCAUGCUCUCACUAAUGGAAAGCAGUGUUUACCCAAAAUCUCACAAUCCAUGGCCCCAUUCAUUCUUGUCUUAUUAUGGAUCAGUUGUCCUGUCCCCUUUGCAGAAAAGCAGCCCCAAAGCAUAAUGUUUCCACCCCAUGCUUCACAGUGGGUAUGGUGUUCUUGGGAUGCAACUCAGCAUUCUCCCCCCUCCAAACACGGCAAGUGGCAUUUAUACCAAAGAGUUCCAUUUCGGUGUCAUCUGACCACAUGAUGUUCUCCCAAUCCUCUGAAUCAUCCAGAUGGACUCUGGCAAACUUUAGACGGGCCUGGACAUGUGCUGGCUUGAGCAGGGGGACCUUUCAGGCACUGCAGGAUUUUAAUUCAUGAUGACAUAGUGUGUAACUAAUAGUAAUCUUUGUUACUGUGGUCCCAGCUCUCUUCAGGUCAUUGACCAGUUCCUCCCAUGUAGUUCUGGGCUGUUUCCUCACCAUUCUCAAGAUCAGUUGGUCCCUAUGAGGUGAGAUCUUGCAUGGAGCCCCAGGUAGAGGGAGACUGUCAGUGAUCUUGUAUUUGUUCCAUUUUCUAAUAAUUGCUCCAACAGGUGAUCUCUUCUCACCAAACUGAUUGCCUAUUGUAGAUUGGCUCAUCUCAGUCUUGAUCAGGUGUACAAUCUUGUCCCUGGUGUCCUUAGACAGCUCUUUGGUCUUGGCCAUAGUGGAGAGGUUGCAGUCCGUCUGUUUAAGGGUGUGAACAGGUGUCUUUUAUACAGAUAAUGAGUUCAAACUGGUGCCAUUAUUACAGAUAAAAAAUGGAGUAUAGAAGAGCUUCUUGAAGCUGAAGAAGUAACAGGUCUGUGAGGCCCAGAAUUCUUGAUUGUUUGUAGGUGCUAAAUACAUAUUUUCUGCACCAUCAUACAAAUAAAUUCUUUAAAAAUCAUACAAUGUGAUUUCCUGGAUUUUUUUUACAUUGUGUCUCUCACAGUUGAAGUGUACCUACAAAAUCCAAUUCCAUCUAAGUUGGGAAAUUGUGAUAAACGUAAAUAAAAACAGAAUACAAUGAUUUGCAAAUUCUUUUCAACCUAUAUUGAAUUAAAUACACUAAAAAGACAAGAUAUUUAAUGAUCAAACUCAUAAACUUUUUUGUUUUUGCAAAAAAUAAUUAACUCUUGAUUUGUUAAUUUGUUAAUUUGAUGGCAGCAACACAUGACAAAGAAGUGGGGAAAGUUGGUAAAAAAUACUGAGAAAUUUGAGGAAUGCUCAUCAAACAUCUAUUUGGCACAUCCCACAGGUGAGCAGGCUAAUUGGGAACAGGUAGGUGCCAUGAUUGGGUAUAAAAGCAGCUUCCCCAAAAAUUCUCAGUCAUUCACAAGCAAGGAUGGGGCGAGGUUUACCACUUUGUGAACAACUGCGUGAGCAAAUAGCCGAACAGUUUAAGAACAACGUUUCUCAAAGUACAAUUGCAAUUAAUUUAGGGAUUUCAACAUCUACAGUCCAUAAUAUCAUCAAAAGGUUCAGAGAAUCUGGAGAAAUUACCGCACGUAAGCGGCACGGCUGGAAACCAACAUUGAAUGUCCGUGACCUUUGAUCCCUCAGGCGGCACUGUAUCAAAAACCAACAUCAAUGUGUAAAGGAUAUCACCGCAUGGGCUCAGGAACACUUCAGAAAACCACUGUCAGUAAAUACAGUUCGUCGCUACAUCUGUAAGUUCAAGUUAAAACUCUACUAUGCAAAGCGAAAACCAAUUAUCAACAACAUCCAGAAACGCUGCCGGUUUCUCUGGGCCCGAGCUCAUCUAAGAUGGACUGAUGCAAAGUGGAAAAGUGUUCUGUGGUCUGACGAGUCCACAUUUCAAAUUGUUUUUGGAAAUAGUGGACGUUGUGUCCUCCGGGCUAAAGAGGAAAAGAACCAUCCAGACUGUUAUCGACGUAAAGUUCAAAAGCCAGCAUCUGUGAUGGUAUGGGGGUGCAUUAGUGCCCGAGGCAUGGGUAACUUACACAUCUGUGAAGGCAACAUUAAUGCUGAAAGGUACAUACAGGUUUUAGAGUAACGUAUGCUGCCAUCCAAGCAACGUCUUUUUCAUGGACUCCCCUGCUUAUUUCAGCAAGACAAUGCCAAGCCACAUUCUGCACGUGUUACAACAGCGUGGCUUCAUAGUAAAAGAGUGCGGCUACUUGACUGGCCUGUCUGCAGUCCAGACCUGUCUCCCAUUGAAAAUGUGAGGCGCAUUAUGAAGCGUAAAAUAUGACAACAGAGACCCCGGUCUGUUGAACAACUUAAGCUGGACAACAAGCAAGAAUGGGAAAGAAUUCCACCUUCAAAGCUUCAACAAUUAGUCUCCUCAGUUCCCAAGCGUUUAUUGAGUGUUGUUAAAAGGAAAGGUGAUGUAACACAGUGGUAAACAUGCCCCUGUCCCAACUACUUUGGCACGUGUUGCAGCCAUGAAAUUCUGAGUUAAUUAUUUUUUGCAAAAAAAAAAAAAAAAAGUUUAUGAGUUUGAACAUUAAAUAUCUUGCCUUUGUAGUGUAUUUAAUUGAAUAUAGGUUGAAAAGGAUUUGCAAAUCAUUGUAUUCUGUUUUUAUUUACGUUUUUUUUUUUAAGUGCAGAACUUGCAGAAUUGGUGGCUGCCAAAUACCUUUUUGCCCCACUGUAUGCAUCAAAAUUUGCUAUCUGUGACCUCAAAAUAUAUUAGAAGCAUCUGUGUCUGUACAACUAAUUGUUGUGGUGCAGUGCUUUUUCUAUUUCCCAAUAAAAUAUCAUCUAAUACAGUGAUGGGCGUCACAUUAGUUGUCACUGUGGACAACCAUUUUUAGAUGGUGCUCAUAAACUCAUACUGGUGCUUUCUGAUGUUGAAGAGCUCCACUGCUACCAAAGACAAACGUACAUUUGGAGUCCUGACAUAUAACCCUCUUACCUCCUUUCCUUAAACUUCCACCUUUCCCAGUUGCUCCUCUGAAUGCAUCCAUUCCACUUUCUCCUCUCACCUUCACUUCACUAAAACUGAAUUCUCCUCUUUCUCUUAGGUGUUAUAAAGUGCAAGAAGGAUCGUGGCUCCAGUGAGAUUUGUCCUCAGUGCUCUUCUCCUCCACCCCUUAAUGGGACUCUGUUACUUGGGUUGUCACCACAGAAGCUUACCUGUGUACCUCCAGCUCUUCACUCUCCUCUCAAACAGUGGGACAGUCCUUUGUGGGCUGAAUCUGAAGCAGAGCCAGACCUACCAUAUACCCGGGACUUUGAAAAGCCUUUAGGGCAUCUAACCUUUGUUCUGUCAGACAGCAAUGCAAACAGUGCUCAUCUGGCAUGUGACGUUCGUCACCCUGGAGUCAGCUCACCUAUUACUUAUACAACGAAUCCACUUACACCUGGGGAAUUAACUUUUAAUGUGUCUCUAGUGACUGCCCUCGAAUGUGAGAUUGAUAGAGAGACACUGCAAAAUCUCUGGCAAUUGGUUGCAUACUACUAUGAAAGCCCGGCCAUUUUGGAGAGAGGACAACAGAGAGGAAAUGCAAGCAGAGUUACUUAUCAAUAUUCUCAAGCAGUCAAUGAAAAUUCUCCAUACUUCACAGAUUUGAAAGGAUAUUUAGUAGCAGAGCCAUCAUGGCUGCUUCAACCAAGAGUCACCUUGAGGCUCAACAGACAGCACACAACAACCAAGAAACUGGUCAUGGAUUUCACAACUGUAAUAAAAAAGCACAUGAACAUAUACGAAGGGACGGACAACGCCGAUAACAGUGCCCUGUCCUGGGCUCUAAUUCGCAGAAGGACAGCAGGGCGGGUCCAGACGGCUCUUUCUGGGUCAAAGGUUCAGCUGGAGUGCCAGGUUGUCUCUUCAGAUCCAGAGAUCAAAAUUGAGUGGAUGCUCCCUGAUUUGUCUUUUGCUGAAGAAAUAAUGGAUAAAAUUGAAAUUUCUGAAAGAGGAGAGCUUGUAAUUUUCAAUGCCACUCUGUCUGACUCAGGUCUCUAUCACUGCAUGGUCAGAACCAAAACUGGGGUGGACUUGAUGCCAUUAAGGCUCACCAUAAAAGAGCGCUCACUUGGACCCACUGCUUUCAAUGGUCAGAAAAUUAUAGUACAAAAAGGACAGUCUUUUUCUCUCCACUGUGAUGUUACCACAGUUCAGCCCAGUCAAACAAUGUGGUACCUUCCCAAAAACCAAAUUCUCCUCCCCACACAACAGACUAGAAGGGCACAAGUGAUGGAAAAUGGGACUUUAGUGGUAAAAAAGUUGACUCAAGAAGAUGCUGGUGAAUACAGCUGUCUAUCCUCAAAUCUCUAUGGAGCGGACAUGAUAUCACACAUGGUGGAAGUUACUGGAAAAAAGGUUUCUGAUCGGUUUCAAGAGCAGCAAAUCUUGUCCUUCAAUGUGGAGGCAGGAGAGGGUUCAGGGGGAGAUUACCAGGAAAUAGUUGGCCCUUUUGCUACCCAGUUCCCAAGGACACCAGUAACACUGACAAGACAUCCUCAUGAUUUUUCAAAAAGAGCAAGAACUAAAGACUUGGGAGGAAAACCCAAUACAUCUGUGAAAGAAGUGGAAAGGGGUCAGUGGGCAGAGAAACUCCCUAAAAGUAGAACUAAACCGAGUUUUUCUCUGCCCACAGAGCAGUCUCUACCAGAACCAGACACUGUUUCCUCCCAUAGGGAUACAUCCAAACCCUCAGCUGUCUCUACAGUUGCUUAUGGUCAAAAUAACUUGGCCCCUACUACAACCCCUUCUGCUAUAAGGACAGAGCAAACAAAUAUCCCCAUAAACACAAAAGCCCUGAAUUACAUCUAUUCUACAGUAAAGACAAUCUCAGAAAGUCAGUCACAGGUUUCACAGCAGCCAUCUACAGAAUCAACACCACACAUUGCUGAUAAUAAUCCAGAACAAACUGAGACAGUCAUAGAACAGUUUGGUGUUGAAAAUCGUCACUCUAUUGAACAGUCAGAAAACAAGAACAUAGGAGACGGGAGAAGGAAUUACAACCUCACUCCUAGUCAGUCAAAAAGGAGACGACCGCCUUACAGACGCAGGAAACCACAAAUGAGGAGGGUCCACCCCUUCUAUAAUUCAUCCAAUAAACCCCACAGAACUGUUUCCACAACCACCACCACCACAACCACACAAACAACAACCACACCAACAACAACAACCACCACCCCGACAACAGCACCCACAACUACCGAUGUCAUUACUUCUACUAUGAGUUCUUCUACCACAUCAUCCAUGGAGGAGGAAUAUGGAACCUCAUCAGAAGAAGAUCAGACGGAAGGGGAUGAAGAUGAAAACUCAUACAACUACGAACACAGUGAUGGUUUGGAUUUUCACAGUGAAACCUCUCAUACCAGGACUGAAUUUAUUCCAAGACUCACCACAUUUUCACCAGAACAAGAUGCACACGGAGGGAGAUCCCCAAGUAAACAUAAUUCUGAGACAAAAAUGCAAAUUGAAGAAAAGGACAGAGACUCAAAAAUUCACACAGGAGACAGAGAGGUAAUAACUGCAACGAGAGAGCAGAAUAGCAGGAUAGACUCUGAGUGCAUAGAGGACACCAGAACAACUGAGGGGAGUAAGGUUUCUCAGAGUAACAACACCCCAGUUAGAUCAAGGUUAUCAACACAAAAUAAAUCAAGACCAAACGGCACACCAUUACAGGAACAAGAUACACUAGCUCAAACAAGUAUUACAUCUUCUAAGGUUAGGACCUCGGAUUCAAGAACAGAGGAGGAAAUCAUCAAGGGAGAGGACAGAAAGAUUUCCAAACCAGAAGCAAAGAAAGAUGUCCACAGUUUUCCAGUACAGGAGCCUGUUCAUCCCUGGCUUCAUGAACGCAAUCAGGGCAAGAGUCAAAUAACUACAUCUGGAUCGACACAUGCAAACCAAGACAGACAUAGACAAAGACAAGGUGAAGUGAACUCAGACAGGCAGCGUCCAAGUGUCCCCCCGACCACCCACCAUCGACAGCAUCCUUACUACCCCCUCUACCCUUCCUGGUCGGGCCAAAGACCAUUCACUCAUACUCGGCAAGGUAAAAGAUCACUCUGUAUCACACACACACACACACACACACACACACACACACACACACACACACACACACACACACACACACACACACACACACACACACACACACACACACACACAAAUAUAAUCUUUGAUCUAUAUAACACAAGACAGGGAAACUACUUCCUUCAAUAAAUGUCCAGUCACCAUGCAGCGUCACAACGGUCAAUAGAUCAUGUAGAGAGUUUGAGAUUUAAUAGGCUGAAAAACCUUGGCCUUCUAGAAAUUAUAUCUGUUAAUGUUCUUGAGGAACAGUUUGAAUCCAAAGCUUAGUAAGGACUAAACAUGAUUUCAGGGCUGAUGUUUGGUUAAAGUAUGGCUAAAGCUGAGCUUUUGACUGAAUUUGAACCACCUUUAGAUGAGCUAUUCACAUUCAUAAUAUCAAGAUGUGACAAACCUAUAACUUUCUUUGGAUUUUGACAACUUAUUCAUGCGAGCCCUUAAAGGAGGACAAAAAGGAUCUUCUGGCCUGCAUUUUUGUGAAGUCGUUUUACAGUGGUGGUUUGAACAGGGUCUACAAAUAGACCUGGUUUAGGUCUACAGAUAGACCAUAUUGAUAUGAAAGCAUAAAUAUGGCGUUCUUGCUGUCAUCAACAAGGUCUUCAGACAUCAAAUUAGCAGUCAUUAUAGAAAAAAAAGAUACAAUGCCAGCUACAGAAACCAGCAGUGGGUUUAAUCUGGACUGAACACAGAGCCAAUGUAACUUGCCCUUGUUAUUGCAAUCGUUAUUAGACGAUACAGCUUCUGAAAACUUUUUGAGCCCAUUCCCAAUAGACCUGUAGAAAUGGUCUUAAUCCCAGAGCAUUUCAAGUGGUCUGAGGACUAGAGACAGAGCGAUAUAAACACAGUCCAUUUGCUGUGUACUAUUAACCAUUUCAUCGGUCUGCACUCCUGCUGCAUCAGAAAGGAUCCUCACAGUCCAAAGUCCUUUGAAAUAGGUAUAGUAUAGGUGGGGUAAGGUUUGGAUACUUCCUCUGUUGUUGCCUGUACAACAACCUCAGUGUAUGCUCCUGCAGAUGGGAAUGGGCUCUGGCAGACAAGUUGUCUGCAACUGACGCAUGCUCCCCACCUCGGCACUGUCGGGUGUAUAAAUCCAUAUAGUAUGAGCAGAGCCAACAUCUUGGGUUGGUUAAAUCCUCCACAGUGUUGGAUGAAGGAUGAUUUAGCAGAUGACAUGUCGCUUCUCUACAUGCUCACCAUGUGUUUUUAUUCAAGAGUAAACCAACACAAAGAACCAGGCCCAUAUGCACAUUUUUGAAGGUGAGUGACGAAUUAUUUGGGAUAUCAUGACCCAGGUUAGGUAAAACUUAACAAGCAGAAGGAGCCUCUGCAUUCAGUUAUUAUGGAGCAUAAUAAAUAUUUUAAUUUAACACCAGCAAUGUGUAUAAAGGAAAAGUUUUUGCUUGAAAUAAAUUAAAGAAAUAGUUUCAAACUAUAUAUAUAUUUUUCUCUGCUUCUUGCUCCAGUAAAGUUUGCAAAACAUAAAUAUAUGUUUACAGUAUAUGUUUACAGUAAAUAUAAAUAUAUUAUACAGUAAUACAGUAUAUACACGCACACAAACACACACACACACACACACACACACACACACACACACACACACACACACACAUAUAUAUAUAUACGCAUAUAUGUGUAUAUAUAUAUACAUACAUACAUAUAUAUGUAGUAAUGUUUGUAGUGUCAUGCACCAAAACAAGCUCAAACUUGUGUGCGUUUGAACAUGAUUUGACCCCGCUCAAACAGCAGGUUGAUUGACAAAUUGUUCCUUAUAUCUAGUGCCUGUACCCACACACCGACCCUGGCCACAGCCCCACCCCUGGAUUAAAGACUUCAUUGUCACCAAUCGGCCAGAAAUCUCAGCUGAAACAGUGAAACCCACACCUACCAUCGCUGGAACAACAGGAAACUCCAACCUCAAAAUCUUUCAUUCCCCCCAGUCAAACCAUCAACAUCAUCUUCAUCGUCAUCAUCAAAAUCAUCAUGUAGACAGCAGGACCCAAACCAGAGACCAAGUCUUUCUAUUAAAGUUGAGGAACAGAUAUAGGCAGGUAUGACCAAGGUUAACUGUAUUUUAUUAAAACACAAAGCUCAUCUCCUGUGGUUGCUAUGGGGUGUGUUAAGUGUAGCAGAUUCACUGCUCACAUAACUGACUUACAGGUGAGAGAGCAGCAGGUGAAUGAUGGGUACUAGAUUACCUAGAGUGACUAAUGUUCUCUAUGAGGAAAAUCAAACCACCAACAUGUAGUCUGAAAGUUAAAAAAAAAACAAAACACAGUCCUGAUGAAAUUCUGAGUUUUUCAGUGACAGCUUAAUAUAUCUUUCCUUGAUAUUCACAAAACUGUACUCACUAAAAUCUGUUUCCAGGUAAACUCAUUAGUACUUCUAGAUCUGGUCAUUUUGAUUGGUUGAUUUUUCUUCAGGCACAGCUUGAUCGCAUUGCUCAGCUAGGAAGGAUGGUGACACCCAAACCCCGUUCAAGCUACCUCAAUUCUCCAUCGUUCAUCACACCAAAGACCAACCAUCUCUCUCCACAUAGAGUCUAUAUCCCCAAACCAGCAGCCACGGCUUCUACCUCUUAUACCCAGAGCCUUCUGAGGCCAGCUAAACCUUCAUCAUCAUCCUUCUCUGGUUUCAUCCAGACCCCUCGUCCUUACAAUCCCACAACCCCUGGGUUGCCGUAUGAAGGUCGGUGGCCUGUUGGUGGUAAGUGCACUGUUGGGAAGAGAUGGAAACUCAAGCGAUGUACUUUAGAUUCAUCAUUCCCAGUUUUUAUGUGAAAUUAUGUUCCAGGGCGAAUCAGCUCCCGUCGGCCCACGGCUGCACCUCCUUUUCCAUGGGUGGUGGGAGCUAAAGGUGAUGGGGUAAAGGCCCAGAUUACUACUGUAGCCAAAGCAAGUGUGUCAGUACUGGCAGAGAGCGAUGUGCUCCUACCCUGCAAAGCAACAGGGAACCCCGAGCCCAACAUUGCAUGGACUAAAGUCUCCACGGGUAAGAGGCCGAGAAAACAGCAAUAAAGAAAAAUGGACAAAGUAUGAAAAGCUGAUCAAUUAGAUCUUCAGAAGGACAAAUGACUCAGCUCUGCUAUUUUUUGUUAACUAAUCUAAAUGUCCCCACAAUGGCUCUUCUAGUUCAGUUUUUUAUAUGACCAGAUGUUAUUACCAGAAUAUCUGAGAGAUGAAUUUAAGACACAGCAGAAUAACAGUCCAGAUUCAGAAUUUGAACCUUUAUCCUUUCUGUUCCCUUUCAGGUGCCACCAUCCCAGCCAACACCAAACAUGGGGCUCGUUUUGAAGUCCUGAAGGAUGGCUCUUUCCUCAUUAGAAAUAUUCAGCUGCAGGACAGAGGCCAGUAUCUGUGUACGGCCCACAACAGGUUUGGAUCAGAUCGAAUGGUCAUCACCUUAGCUGUCCAGACUGAGGCACCAAAGAUCCAGCCCCAGAGGUCAACACAGAUGGCUGUAUAUUUAGGUAAAGGUGUGUCUCUGGACUGCCUUGCUUCAGGAAAACCACCUCCCAUAAUUGCCUGGAUUCUACCAGACAAGUCAUUUGUACGUGAGACCGGGACUGUUCACACUCUUCUCUCUCCGAUGUCUCUGCUACAAAAUGGAACCCUGCAGAUUCAUUCUUCCAAUUUUUCAAGCAAAGGGGACUACAAAUGUAUUGCCAGCAAUGCAGCAGGUGCUGAGACCAUAACGUAUCAUCUUCAUGUGGCAGCACUGCCUCCAACUAUCAGCGAAGGAGGAACAGAUUCUGUGACAAUUCAGUCAGGUAAAACACAGAUAUCCAAAAUCUCAUCAAAAUAAAAUCAAACAUUUGUACCAACAAUCUGGGUCCUUAUUUUACAGGAAGGAGUGUGUAUGUCCACUGCUCUGUCAAGGGUGAGCCAGUGCCUGCUCUGAAAUGGAUGCUUCCAACAGGUGUUGAAGUUAAACCAUCACAGUUUCUUGGGCGACGCUGUUUUGUCUUCCCCAAUGGGACACUGUUUAUAAAGAACAUUUCACCAACUGAUGCCGGGAGGUAUUUCCAAGUCUUUCUGUUUCUAUGACUUUGAUUUUCUGUCAGUGCAGUGGGCGACCUAGUUGAAAAUCUAUGAUGACUGUAUAAGAAGUAAUGUUUUUGGUCUAAGUUGAUUCACCUAGCUGAAUAGGAACAAAUUCCAUACAUCAAAAAUAAGCUGAUCAAAAAAUGAGAGGAACAUAGCCCUGCAUUUUAACAUCACUUUGUCUGUGAAGGGUACAAAGUGAGGAGGGGAUAUUUUAUGUGGGUACAUGAAAAUAUCAAAACUUUGUAAAGUCUGAUUUAUCACCAUAAGUGACAUGUGGUUACAUAUGAGUAUGUGAGUAAGUUACAUAUGACCAAGUGUUUAUAUUUUGCGUCAUCUGUCUCAGCUCCAGUGUCACAAUGACGCAAACACAAAUGUCCAAAAUAUGAGUAUACUGUAUGCAGGGCUAUACAAACAUUGUCCAUUUACCAUUCAGUGAGGGUGAAGAACUUUUCUCCAUAAACAAGGUCAGGCAGUGGCGGUUCUAGACCAAAUUACUCCCCGGGCGAGCACCCCUCCAAUGCCCCCCCCCCCCCCCACACACACACACACACACACACACACACACUCACAAACACAAAAAGAGAAAAUUUUGAACAGAUAGUUUUGUAUUACUAUGUAGUAUUAUUAUUAUCAUAACAAAAAAAAUAAUAUAUUUCUCAAUUGCAGAAAUCCAUUUUGGGCCAUUUUGAGAAGGGCCCCCAGAUCCUGAGGUUCUCUGACGUGUUAAGGUUUACAAAACAGCUGCUAUCUCGGCCUCUGUAGUAGAUAGAAACAAAAUUCAAAAAGUAUUGGAGAGCUUAAACAUGUGGCUUUCAAGAAAGCUCUCUUUUAGUUUUGCGAACCUUCAUCACAUCUUUGAAAAAGAACAAACAAACUCAAAUGAAAUAAGGCGGCUGUAUAAAUAAAAGUAAAGGCUCUGCACUGGAGAAUGACAAAUAAUUUGCUUUCUGUAAAACAAGUGGCAGUCAUGAUAAAGUGUCCAUUCAAUAGAAAUGUAAAUAUAGAAAAUAAGGUGUUGAAAGGGUAAACAGCUGCCCCAGUAUAGUGCCAGUACAAAAGCAGAACUAAAAACUAAAAAAUGAAUAAAUAAAUACGUGGCUGACAGUGUGUUCAUCUCUGUUCUCACCCAAAGUCAUGCAACACUCUGAUAGUGUGAGCCAAAGCACUCCAUAUGAAGAGGUUGUUCACACUGCUGGAUGUUUCUCCUCUGAAGCUGCUCUCUGUCUCGGUCAUUGUUUACUUUACUCAUUAAGCUCAUCAAGCACGUAGCAAGAUCCGAGCAUGAACCCGAGCGCUUUAUUCGCCUAUCAAAGGCAGACGGGUACGGUGAUUUCAUUCACCACGACUCCAGAAAUGAUUAAAAAACUACAAAAUGACGUAUCCGCGCUCCCGCUGAUAUGCUGACAUGCGUACACAGAGCAGAGCUGUCCCCCCGCGACUCUCUCCCCGCCUCGUCUCCUACAGUCUGUCAGCCUCUGUGCAGCACCUUCGGAGCAAGCAGGGGCGCCUACAGCAACGGGGGGGGGGCGCCAAUUUGACAACAAGAGUUAAUACAAAACCGCUUUGCGGUUAAGAUUUUUUAUUAUUAUCUUUUAUUUUAUUUUUUUGGAAGUGCUCGUGCCGCCCCCCAUGAGUCAUGACACAAAUGCCGCCCCGGGCGGCUGCCCUGUUCGCCCGUGCCUAGAACCGCUACUGAGGUCAGGUAUAGGAGAUGGUGGUAAUUAUAACCAAGCAGCCAAAGAGCUGGGUAAGACCAGUGUAUCUGAACAGCAGAGUGGCAUCUUUGGAGCAACAAACACACAGACUGAUGUGGGGAACCAGAUAAAGGAGAGCAGAAAACAAGAGAAAGCAAAAAGGGGAAAACUGUUGAUCUUAGGGCAGCGUGAUCAUAAAAUAACCCAUACAAAGAACACUAUAAAUAAAUGUCAAUAAAGGUUAUUCAAGUCAAGCAGAAGUAAUGCGUGAACACCAAAGUUUUAGUCGUUAUAAACUUGUCUUUCUAUUGAAUAUUGCUGUCAUCCCUCCACAGGUAUGAAUGUAUAGCUUCAAAUGCUGUGGGUAUUUCUAAAAGAACCAUCCAGGUGGAGGUGAAGACAAGUUCCCCUUCCUUCCUUGAGCCUCCUCGUCCACUUCCUGUCCCACACCUCCAACACCAUGGCGCUCCAUCACGCCAACAUGCUGUCACAGCUAUGUAUGGCUCUGCGGUCUAUCUCCACUGUCCAGAGUCAACCAGUUCCACAAAAGGGACAGUCUGGCAGCUCCCUUCCAGGACCAUCAUGGAACAUCGAUUCAGGCAACUUACUUUACCUCAUUUCAUAAAUCAGUGCAAUGCUCACAAGAUCACAAAUAUGCUGAAAGGUUUUCACAUGCUGGACUGACUGCCUUGAUUUCAGUAUAUUCUCUGUCCCCUGUCUACCUGCAGUCCAGAGAGACCCAUCAAAGUUUUCCGCAAUGGAACACUAAGGAUUCUCCAGCUGACAGAGUUAGAUGGUGGAAAUUAUCUGUGUGUCUUUCAGCGGCCAAAUGGAGAAGACAUGGAGCUCUUCCAUGUAUGAACAGCAUAGAUCACUUACAUGAUUCACUUAUUUUUUUUUCUGCCAACCCGUUUCCAUUAGCCUGCAGCACUCACCCAUCCAUACCUGACAGAAGUGUUUUUGCUCUAUCAGGUGGAGGUGAUAAUGACCCCUCCUAGAAUCGAACAGGUGAGGACUGCGCAGACCAGUGUCACUUAUGGAGACAAAUUCCAGGUAACUUUGGGCGACAUCACAGUGCUUUCUCAAAAUCAGAUAUGGGUUCAGACAUUGUGCUUUUCAUGAUCACUUCUGCUGGUAAAUUUUGUUUGUUUUGGGCAAGUGUCUUGAGUUUAAAUGAAUGUGCAAAUUUAGUCUGAGAGAUUGGGGGCAUCAUUCACAGAAGGACUGGCAAUUACUGACCAUUUUUGGUCUACUUAAGAAAGUAGAAUAAGUUGUAUGUAAGGGAUAAUGUACUGUGAGUAGGUCCAGAAUCUACAUAGGGUGAGACAGGAUCCUGGUGGGACAUGGAAGGGUGUUCUGCACCCCAUAGGUAUUCUAAAUUCAGUUAUACAUUAUCCAACCUUACACCUGGCUAAAGAUACAACACAUUAAAAUAAUUUCAAGAUGGUUUGGUUGAUUGAAGAAUGAUCUAUUUAUGCAGCUGAACUGUGUUGUGGUUUCUUUUCUUAUACUGGUCAACAUCUCUGUCACUCAGAACUAAUUUUUCUUCCACUGCUCCUUGUUCUGCUACUUUCUGUCCUUUUAAGGUGGACUGCGUUGCAACUGGCCUUCCUGAUCCAGAUGUGUCGUGGAGUCUUCCAGAUGGGACUUUAACAAACAACGCACUUCAAUCAGAUGACAGCGGUCUUCGCAACCAACGCUAUGUUAUUUUUGGCAAUGGGACUUUACUUCUUCAGCAAAUGGGCAAAAAAGAUGAGGGCGACUAUACUUGCUAUGCCCAAAACAAACUGGGAAAGGAUGAAAGAAAAGUGAGUGUCAAAGUGGGGCCCAGUGCUCCGAGAAUUAGAUUCAAACUACCAUCCUUGCUGAAGGUUAAGUUAGGAGAAUCAGCCGAGCUGAGCUGCCAGGCAACAGGAGAACCUGCACCAAGGAUUGCGUGGAUCUCACCCAGCAGUGGUGUUAUAUCACUGCCAUCGGACAAAUUUCAGAUCAUGGAUAAUGGGAUGCUAGUUGUAAAAAAAGUAUCACUGGCUGAUGAAGGUAAAUACUCUUGUGUGGCACGAAAUAUGGCAGGGGAUGAUGUUAAAAACAUGAAGCUUGAAGUAGAAGCACAGGAACCCUUCAUCAAUGGGAAAACAGGGAGGACCACCACAAAGGUUUUGGCAGUUUCUUAUCAAACAGUGCUUUUGGACUGCACAGUGGAAGGGAAACCCAAACCAAGAGUCUGGUGGGUUUCUCCUCAUGGUCACUCACUCCCAACACCUUACCUGGGAGGUCGCUUCCAAGUCCACUUGAACGGAAGCUUGGAGCUGAGAGGAGUGAGAAAAACGGAUGAAGGGAGAUACACAUGUCUGGCUAAGAACAAUCACGGUGAAGCCUCACUUUUAGUUGAAUUAGACGUCAUACCACUAGCUGAGAAACCAAGUUUUGCUGUUCCUAAUAUUGAAAUCUUACCAUUAAAACAAGAUGGUGCUCUGAUCCUAAACUGCCCUGCUCGUGGCAAGCCUAAGCCUGAGUUUGCCUGGGUUCUGCCCAAUGGGACAAUUUUAAUGCCCGGUGAUAGACUUCAGCGUUUCACACAUCACCUGGGAAAUGGAUCUCUACAUAUAUCUCAAGCAACUACGAGCGACAAAGGAGUGUACCGGUGUCUUGCCAAAAAUGUGGCAGGGCAAGUCGAAAAACGAUAUGCACUGGAAACAGGCAGGAAGCCAGUGAUCAAAGGAUUUACAGGUAUGUUUCUGGAUCUAAAACUGUGUCAUACAAAUGUCUCAGGGUUAGUCAAACCAAAAAAUACAUUGUUUUGAGACUAAAGAGAGCUUGUUUGAUCUUCCAAAACAAUUAUUUGGAUGUCACCAUUAGUUAGAAGGUCCCGGAAAAGGUCUAAUUUCAUCAAGCGCCACAAACACAACAAAGUUUGUUACAUGUUUGUCCUGAUUCAUAUUUAGCUUCAGAUUUUGCUGCCAGCCUUCCUGUUAUGUAAAGUGCACAUUCAAACUGCACUGAUCAAACUUGUUGAAAGUACCUUGAUAUUGAGUAAGAAUGAAGUCAGUCCAUUUUACCACCUCGGGUGAAUUGGUCCUGAACUCUUUGGUAAUCAGUCUUUAAUUCAGGCAGGCACAUUCUGAGCAGGUUUUAGAGCUGCAGGACAUCUGACUCUGAGUCCGUUCCUGCGUUGAGUGUCAUUCAGUGUACAGGGGGUCACCAGAACUGACCCCGGCCUGAUCACCUGCUGGUCAGAUAAAGUUGAACCUGAAUGACACCUACAUUUUUUAGCAGAUGGUUUGAUAUUUAAUUGUGAUGGACCAAAAAACUGUUAAGCAGAAGUGGUGAAAUUUGCCUUCACAAUGAAGAACCUGGUGAGGGUCUCAGGGCUGGAGUCUGUCAGAAAAGUGAUCAUUUAUAAUUACCGCUGAAGUCUUUAUUCUCCAGUGUGAGGGAGUUUUCAAAGGAAACACCAAGUGCUUUAUUUUCGUGCCACGCCGGCGGCGUGGUGUGAGUCAGGUCCGCCGCGGUGACAAGGCAUGCCCAAGCACAUUUUAGUAUUUUGGUGAGCGGCGCAGCCCGAUGUAAGUAUACCUCCUCCCUAACUCAGCUCCUCCCAGCGGCAUAAGUCGUAGAGAGGGCGUGGAAUGGGUUUAACACAGCUGAGACCGGUUUUCGCCGAUCAGAACAGCUCCUCUCCUCACCGUUAAAUCCGCCACCAGUGAGGCAUAUUACAAUUUUCGUGAAGUAGUCAAAGAGAUCAAGCGAUGUCUGAAGACAGUAAUGCCACACUAUGGCAACAAAAGGCACCCCCUCAACAAGUGUCACUGUAAGCGCUGCAGAGGGCAUCCUGCACACUCUCUCAUAUGAGCACAGAUGGAUUUUGUGUGUGUAAUGUUGGACCAACUGGUAAGACUAACAUCCUUUUCCACAAAUAAAGACAAUCACAUAAAGUUGCACAUAUUCAAACCUCACGUGACAAAGGUGGGUUGUGCGCACAGAUCACAUCAUAAAUUCCAAAAAUGGCAUUAAAAUCGGAAUCAGCUGGCCUGGCUCUUUCUUUCAUUGAUUUGGCAUAUGAAAUAAAUUUGACUCACGCAACUGAAUAUUAUAAUAUCCGUAUGUCGGCUUAAAGUAAAAAACUCAUCUGAGCACUGAAAUAAAUCAUCUGUUCAGUUGCCACAGCAGCAGGACAGGGAGAAGACAUGGAGACAUGUCCAGGACAGGAGGAGCUGCGCGAGAAAUAAGAGGAAGAGGAAGAAAGAAAAGGAGGGAGAUGAAUUAAAUAUCUUGUUCACUUCAUCAUGUGUGUUUAUUUACUAGAUAUUUAAUUUAAUUUAAUGCGGUUUCAGCUGUGUUGAUUCGGUCAGGUUGUGUGUCCAAACGCAUUCCAAACACGCUCAUCAGAUCAGAUCAGAAUAUAUCUAUAUAGAUCUAAAUGUAUGUGCUGACUCAGAUUAUUAGUUGUUGAUGAUUACUUAUUACACUGAAAUGUGCCUGACACUGUGGAAACCUGAAUCAGUGACGUAUGCGCACUACGGCGCCGGUCUACCAAAAUACCACUAGACCAGCUAUGUUCCGCCUGUGCUCAAAGCUGACCAGGUUUGAAUCGGCGAGCUUUCAGCGCACUUUCUAUGCCGGCGGUGGGGACGAAAUUGUCACUGCACCAGCUGAUUCUGUCGACACCUCCCCCUUCCCGCGCCACCACACUCAGCUUGGUGGACCUCGGUGCGCCUCAGUCCAUGAAAAUACCAAACUGGCUGUACGCCGGGCUCUGCCAGACGAAAAUACCACUGCGCGGGGUCCGCCACCCUCCGCUGCGUCGCCCGUGGGCACGAAAAUAGAGCCCCAACACUCAUCACAACUCGUACAUCCUGAUUUGACUUGUACAGCGUGAGUAAGAAGGUUGUGUCUGACAGCUAGACUGUUAUGUCAGCAUCAGUCAUUCACUAAUCCCCCAUAGAGUGUGAGUUCACUUUGUAUCUUAAAUCCUGGAAAUAACUUUCAAACUGAAUGUAUUGACAGUUUUGUCUGUAUUUCUCAGGGGGAAUGAAGAUCAACUAUGGCUUAACUCUUCACUUGCCCUGCACUGUGGAUGGCUGGCCGCAGGCAUCAAUCACAUGGAGCCUACCUAAUGGACUUGUUUUGGAAAAACCUCAAACCAUGGGCCGGGUAACUUUCCUCUCCAAUGGAACCCUUCAGCUCAGGCAGGUGUCUACCUUUGACAAGGGAACAUAUGUAUGUCGAGCCUCAAACUCUUUUGGUUCAUCAACACUAUCCUACCCAGUCACAGUGAUGGUUUUCCCGCCACACAUCACCAACACCCUAACCUCAAUCACAAGAGUCAGCAGAGGAUCACCCGUGACUUUACAGUGUGUUGCCACUGGUAUUCCUAAGCCUGAUAUUUCAUGGACAUUACCUGGACGCACAACCCUUGUUCCACAUAACAGGUUCACAGUCCAGGGAGGGAUUCACAUGACAGAGGAGGGCAGCCUGGUCAUACAAAACCCUGGUCUCAUGAACUCUGGCAUUUACAAAUGCAACGCCAAAAGCGCACUUGGAACAGACUUCAAAUCAACAUACCUACAAGUGAUCUGA